AUGAGCACCAAGAGAUGUAGCCCCCAGUUCAGCACCGGGAGGGUGGCUCACCGAGAGUCACGUGUUUUGGGGUCAAGGCUCCCCGGCUGCGCUGGGAAGCCCCAUGCUUUGCAUCUAAUGUGUUGCAGUGAAAAGCUCCCCACAAGAGUCAUUCAGAAGGAUGCGGGAAGACAACAGAACCUCCAACUGAUGGAAAUGACCGAAUUUUCGAAAGAUGCUGGCGCGGCCCCCGGAGUGGACACGGGGAUAUCCCCAACCAUGCAUGGGUGGAGACGGGGAAGCCCUGGGUUUGCGCAGGCUUCGAGAAGGGGGGUGGGCGUGGGCAAGUCGCCGUCGGUGUGGGGGACGGGCGUGGGAUGUAACUGGGAAAGACAGAAAACUUCACCGUCUUCUGUUCGGCGCAACUUUGGAUAUUCGUCGGUCUGCAAGGGCCCCCCCCCCCGCGCCCGCCACGACUACUUGCGACUUUUAGCCUGUCCUGAUCUGAUACCGGAAUCUUUGUGCUUCUCGCCUAGUAAUUCAGCGCCUCAGAUGCCCUGUUCUGGACCAAGACAGAACCACAAGAUCAAUGAGAAGGAUCAAUCAGGAGUAUUCAUUCGCCGUCUCAACGCCCUGGUCCGCGGGCUGCUACCUGAAGUUCUGAACAACUUGAGAUUGCUCAUGAUCAGUUUCUUGUGGCAUUUCCUGCCACUCUAG